GAUGUCUAACUGUUGCUAGCUUCACGGAGCUGCGUACAAGGCUAGGGCUUGAGGUAUGCGGCCUGAGGAAUACCCAAGACAUUCCUAUGUACGCUCUAUGGGGAUACCAGGCGAUACUCUAGGCUACAGUCUACCAUUUUGCUCAAGUACUUAGCCAGACCAUAAAGAUCAAGCUCACUUCCCUGCGACAAGUCUAUAGACUGUAGAAGUGACACUCAGACCCGCUUGUGAACCAAUCAAAUUUGCUAAAUUACCCGACCGGCUCUUUCGUCGUGGUGCAUUAUGGGACAUUGUGCUAUUUUGCUCAGCUGGAUUGCGUUCAUAAAGGUCGAUGAAGGAAAGUAAACAGUGCAACGUGCUCGUUACGAAAGUGCGUCAUCACCUGCUCAUGAGGGUCGGAGUCCUCAGUGGGAAUUAUCGGUGCGCUUUCUUUAGUUUGUCAUGAUUUUACAGUUUAUGUCGAAGUCGCCUAUUUGGGACGUUGUACCAAAUGAAAUGGUAGCUUGCUUAAUCGAUUGUAUUUCGGAAUGGAUCUUCAAGAAGAAAAUAAAUCUAUUUAUUCAAAGUGGCCGCGGUCGACGAAGUUCGCCUUGUCAGCUUGUGCAGCUGCUGUUGCUGAAAUAGUAACAUUCCCGCUGGACUUGACGAAAACCAGACUUCAGAUCCAAGGCGAGGCAGCCCUCCGAAAGCAUGCGGACGGAGGCAGAGGUCAGACGGCGUACCGGGGGAUGCUGGGUACUGCCGUCGGGAUUGUGCGUGAAGAGGGUCCGCUGAAACUAUGGCAAGGAGUCACACCAGCCAUCUACAGACACAUCGUGUAUUCGGGGGUGCGGAUGGUUGCCUACGAGCAGCUCCGGGAUUCGGUGCUGGGCAAGAGCGCAGACGACAGCUUUCCGCUUUGGAAAGCCGCGGUGGGGGGCAUGGUGGCGGGGGCCAUGGGCCAGUUCAUGGCCAGCCCCACGGACCUGGUGAAGGUGCAGAUGCAGAUGGAGGGGAGGCGCAGGCUGGAAGGAAAGCCCCCCCGGGUACACGGUGUGUUCCACGCUUUCCUGAAGAUCGUUUCUGAGGGAGGGUUCCGAGGCCUCUGGGCGGGAUGGGUACCCAAUGUGCAAAGGGCUGCCCUGGUCAAUUUAGGAGAUCUCACGACUUAUGACACAGUCAAGCACUUCUUACUGAGAAAUACCCCUCUCAAAGACAACAGCCUAUGUCAUGCUUUGGCAAGUACCUGCUCAGGUUUGGUAGCAGCUACCAUGGGGACACCUGCUGAUGUCGUUAAAACAAGAAUUAUGAACCAACCUAGAGACAGCAAUGGCAGGGGGAUACUGUACAAGUCCUCCACUGAUUGCCUAAUGAAGUCAGUUAAAGGGGAGGGGCUCCGGUCCCUGUAUAAAGGAUUUCUUCCUACAUGGAUGAGAAUGGCUCCUUGGUCCAUGACAUUUUGGCUGACCUUUGAACAAAUUAGAAGAGUGUUAGGCGUCAGCUCCUUUUGAAGCUGGAUUGUUCGUUGGUCGCCCUGGCCUCAGUAGUGGAUUCUACAGUACCUACGUGAGUCCCUGUCCAUCAAAUGACACUCCAUUCAAUCAAUGGACAAAAGAUAGCAGCAAAUAAUAAAAACUGUCAGUUUGUUUCCUACAUAA